CAACCUUCCAUCCGGCGUGCGCAGUCCCGGAAGGUGUACUGAUCAGACUUCAAACUGCACAGCUUCUUCUAUGAAUCUCUAAAGAGUAACCCGAGAUAAAGCUCACUGACUGCCCUCAACUACUAACAACUCAUGGGGAAGUGCUUAUCAAAGAAAAGAUACGAACAAGACGGCAAACCGCCUAAAACACCUGAAGAUCCAGGUCCGACAGUCGACCUAAAAGAUGUCAACACCACCGUGCAAGAAUGUACUGAAACACCGAAACGCUACACAGCGAAUCCUCCGCUUGGAAGCUUACCAGCUCCACCGACAACACCAGAGCCUCCUCCUACACCAUCCAGACCCCUGUAUUUAGCGCUUUACGACUAUGAUGCCCGGACGCAAGAAGAUCUUAGUUUCAAGAAGGGCGAAGUUCUCGAAGUUAACCCUGAUGAUCUUGCUAACGAUUGGUGGCGAGCAAAAUCUCGGGACACAGGAGCAGAGGGCUAUAUUCCUAUGAAUUAUGUCGCUCCCAUGGAAACUCUGGAAGCCGAGGAGUGGUUCUAUGGGCCCAUCAAGCGUCCAGAAGCCGAGAAACUCUUACAAUCACCUCCGAAUGAACAUGGCGCCUUUCUUAUCCGUGACAGCAACAAAGGACUGUUUGCCCUGUCUAUGCGUGAUGGUGACAUGAUUAAGCACUAUCGUAUUAGGAAAAGUGAUACUGGAGGUUUUUUUAUUUCCCAUAAUAAUGUGUUUACGUCGCUGAAAGAUCUAGUGGCCCAUUACAAAGAAAGUGCUGAUGGAUUGUGUGAUCUGCUGAAAAAGCCAUGUCAGAAGACUGAAAAGCCACAAACUGUUGGUCUAUCUUACAACACUGCUGACCAAUGGGAGGUGGCCAGGGACUCACUACAGCUCCAAAAGAGACUGGGUGCUGGUAACUUUGGUGAAGUAUGGCAAGGAGUGUGGAACGAUACCACUCCUGUUGCUGUCAAGACCCUAAAGCCAGGGACAAUGAGACCAGAUGCAUUCCUGGCCGAGGCAGAGCUCAUGAAGAAACUCAUCCACCCCAAGCUUGUCCAGUUAUAUGCAGUAUGCUCCCGUGACGAGCCUAUUUACAUUAUAACUGAACUGAUGCCAAAAGGAAGCUUAUUGGAACACCUACGCAGUGAUGAGGGACGGGCCUUGUCAGUUGCCAUUCAAAUUGAUAUGGGCGGGCAGAUCGCAGAGGGGAUGGCAUUCCUGGAAAAGUAUGGUUACCUUCACAGAGAUCUUGCCGCAAGGAAUAUUUUGGUGGGAGAGAACAACACUGUCAAAGUUGCUGAUUUCGGUCUGUCAAGGUUGAUCGAGGAUGAUAUAUACUGUGCACACGAGGGUGCCAAGUUCCCCAUCAAAUGGACGGCACCUGAGGCGUGUUUACAGGGUCAGUUCUCUAUCAAGUCAGACGUCUGGUCGUUUGGUAUCCUACUGAUGGAGCUGGUCACAUUUGGACGCAUUCCAUAUCCCGGCAUGAGCAACAGAGAGGUCGUUGAGCAAGUGGAGAGGGGCUACCGAAUGCCCAAACCAAACAACUGUCCUGAAAGGUUCUACGAAAUCAUGAAGGAUUGUUGGAAAAAAGACCCCAUGCAGCGACCUACCUUUGAGACGCUGUCAUGGCAACUAGAGGAAUACUUCCAGGCCGACCCUACACAAUACAAAGAGUUAGAUAAAUAAACUCAAAGGUAUAAAAAGAUUUUUGUAUUUUUUCAGCUUGAUACUCCCCUUAAAUCCAAAUUUGUAUUAUACUGUAGUUGUAGUAACAGCAUGCUAGGCAUAGGGGUGAUUCCACAUGAGAAUUUAAGUGUUCAAAUUGGUGAUCCAAAUGUUGCGAUACGUAUGGGAUAUAUUCUCUCAGGGCAAAAAAUAUAUGGACUAAACACCAUACCCAAGAGUGUGGGGUAGAAGUUUUCUAAAGCAUGAGCUUUUCAGUAUACUAAGACUUUUUUAUUCUACUACAUGCUGUGACAAACCCCCUUUGACAAGUCCCAUUUUGCUUGACAAAAUACAAUUAUAUUAUUAAAUGAUUAUCACCUGUAAAGUAUUUCAAUUUUUCAUAUGGUAGCAUUAUGAAGAAAGUAAAAGGUCAGCCGUAUGUAUCAUGAUAUAUUCUUAAACUUGCUUGCAAAAGCUGUUAAUUCCAUGAACCAUGAUACAGCCAUCUCAAUAACUGUUGAACUAUCAAAGCAUGUGUUAUGCAGCCUUUAUUCAUAGUCCAUAAAGCAUCUUAUCUAUCAAUAUUAUCUGUAUUAUCUCAUUUGGAUUUUUUUAUGCAAGAUGUAAGCCUGGGGCUUCAUGACUUAUUGUGCUACAUGGUUCAACGAUUGAGAUGUAGCUGUGCAGCAUACCAACUUGUAAUUACACAUAGCUGGAGGUUCUUCAGUUUGAUUAUUAGUUGAGCUCAUGUAGUGAUAGACCAAUCUUCUAAUCACUUUUUGCAAAUUAUAAAAUUAGAAUUGUGUUUUAAUAGAAAUGUAAUGUGUCUGAAAAAGUAUAAGAGAUUUCUAGAAAGCAAGGGAAAAGCAGUGAUCUAGGUAUUUGGACCUGUUCUGUUGCCAAAUUUGUAGGGCAACAGUACAAUAUAGAAUGGCAGUCUUUAUGAUAGAUGCUAUUAAUGACCCCCUGUAUUAUAGGGCCAUGAAUAUUUUUGUAUCACGUUUUAGAUUGUAAAUAAGAUUUGCAUUAGAAAUAGUAAAAUGUUUGUUACUCACAA